AUGGCAAAGCGUAAGCACGCCGCCGCCCCCGAGGCAGCCCCCACCCACGCCAUACUAGACAAGGAAGCAAAGAAGGUGCGUCGUGUAUGCGUCGCACCAGCUGACCAGCAGUCGAGACCCGAGCCCACCCAGGCCCUAUCCGAGGCAGUCGCCGCCGAGGACACGGCCUACGCCGCCCUCGAAGCGGCGCAGGGCGUGCGUGACCACGCUGCGGCGACCCACAAGACCGCCGAGGGCACGCACACCGCGGCCGAGGCACACGCGCGUAGCAUGUCGCUUGCGCUCCACGCCGCAACCCGCAACAUGUACGACGUGGCGGCUGCGGCCCGUGUCGCCGCCGACGGCGACGACGAGGAGGCGCACGAAGACGCUGUGGCGGCGCACGCCGACGCCAUGGAGCGUUGGUUCGACGCCUUCAGCGCCGCGCAGGACACGGCCGCCGUGCUCGUGCGUCUGCAGGCGGUCCUCGACGCGGCAGCCGCCGAGGCGGAGGCUACCGAGCAGACGUACCGCGCUGCGGUGUGCGCUCGUCUCCAGUCCGCGAGCGCCAAGGACGAGGCGGAGUUCAACGCCGACUCCGGUGCGGAGAUGGACGCCGAGGAGGACGCCGAGGAAGACGGCGAGGAGGAUGUCGAGAGCGAGGAUGGCAUCGAGGUCGACGCCAACGAGCAUACCAAGGACUACGCCGAUGACCACAGCAACCACCACAGCGACCACCUCCCCGACGACCACGUCGACAUCGACGCUGAGAACGACGCCGAGGAGGUUGGCGAGGGCGAGGGCCAUGGCGACGCCAAUGACCACGCCGGCGACCAUGCCCACGCCGACGUCGACGUCGACCACAACGCCGAGGACGGCGGCGACACGACCGAGGUCGACGACCGCGUCCAGACGGGGUCGAGAGUCGCCUGGAGCUCCCGCGAUAUUGGCGCCGAGGAGGCUGCGGCGAGCGUUGUCGGCAUCAAGCCGGCCACGGCGGAUGAGGUGACGGCUGCGCACGAGUCGACUCCGACGCGCGAGACGGCAACGGACGACGCCACGACGCCUCGAAAGGCCGCCAAGACCGUCAUCCAGGGCGUGGCGACGGACGACGUCACGACGGCUGGCGAGGCGGCGAUGGACGAGAAGACGGCGACGAAAGCCGCGACGCCAACGGGCGAGACGACGACCACGGACAAGACGUCGGCCAACAGCACCCCGAGCGCCAAGGAGAAGACCCGUUCCGACGACGCCAGCGGCAAGAAGGACAAGAAGGCCGAUAGUAAGAAGGACAAGCGUUCCUCGAAGAAGAGGGCCUCGGACGACGAGGACACGUCGUCCAAGAAGAAGAAGAAGACGGGCCACAAGGACAAGGGGGCCAAGAAGGACAAGGGGGGCAAGGAGGACAAGGCGGUCGCGGCGGACACCCCAGGGUCAAAGGCCGGCAAGUCGAAGCGCCGUGGCCGCGGCCAGAAGAGCCAGGCCAAGGCACGAGAGUGA